UUGCCGACUCACCCUGAAUCUACCAGAAUCUCUCCACCGAGAAUAUCCAGAAAAAUGAACUUCGUAGCGUUCGGGCUUAUUCUGAUCUGUUGCCAUGCCUGGGCGAUUGAGAUAGACGAUAAUUUUGCAGUUGUACUGUCCAACAUAUAUCAAACAAACUUCAAAAAUUUCCUCGAAAAGUACAAGUCCUUACUGCAAAAUGGAAACAGUGGGUUCAUGUACGGAAUUCCGAUUCGUGAUCCGUUCAUUAUAGAGAGACUGCCCAUCGAAUAUAAUUUAUCUACUCCGUUGGGUAACAUAGACCUCGAGGGAUUCCUUGAAAACCUUAACUUGAGUUGUUUGGCCUCGUUUAACAUUAACAGCCCUAAAUUCAAACUAAUUAAUAUGAAUGCCUACAUAGAUCUAAGCUGGCCGUUGAUAACCGCGAAUACUAAUUACUCCUUGGAAGGCAACGUCUUUAACUACGAUAUUCAUAAAGCUGGAAAUAUGGAUGGAAUCGCAUAUAACUUCAGAACUAUUAUGAAUGUUGAUUUAAAACUGAAGGGCCUGCAUAUGCAAGUUCAAAAUGUAAAAUCACAGAUUUUAUUGGAAGCAUUGAACUUUAACAUAACGGGCAUCUACAACGAUGAGGACAUGUCCGAGAUAUUCAGCAAGACCAUCUCUGAUGUAAUACCUAAGCUCAUCGCCUCCAACCAAAACAUGAUUGAGUAUAUUAUUAAUAACAUUGCCUCGCAGAUUCUCAACAAAUAUCUAUUAACUAUAACAUUUAUGGACCUAUUGAAAAUAAUAAGUCCAAUCUAAUAAUUUUUCUACCAUGUUGGCGCCACGCUAUCGUUCGAUCAAUCAUUUCUACAACCACGAUCGAUCCCAGUUGAACGAUAAAAAUAAAUG